AUGAUUACUCCGGUCUUUUGCCACGAGGACACCAACGACCCCACCUCCCGAAGAGGCAAGCAAGUGGUGGAGAUCCGAGUGGAUUUGCUGCCGCCCAGCGUCACUGACCUCCUUUUUGUCAUCUCCCCGACCAACUCCCGAGACUUGUCCAAGUUCACCUCCUUGCGCUGUGUGGUGGUGGACGCGGAGUCAGAGGGCAACGAAAUCUUGGCUGACAACGAAGUGGGCUAUCACCCCAAGUUUGGCGAUGAGCCCCUUGGCGAGUGCAUUGGGACAUAUGCACAUCUCUCAAUUUACAAUGAACAUCUUUUAGGCGGCAUUUGUUCAACCACUGAGAAGCAAGCACACCAGCACACCCACAAGCGCCUCCAAGCGACAACGGCGACAACUGCUUCUCCACGUGAGAAGCAAGCACACUGGAAAAUAGAAAAAGAUGAAAAAGCGCCUCCUUGGGGCCAGUUCUUGCCCAGGAGUGCCACGUUGGUCAGCAUUUAUCGUUUGGAAGAUGAGCUGUGGCAUGUGAACAAGAUCAACUCUUUUGGUCGUGGAAGCCACCGGGACUACAGGACCCGCGCAGGGGGAUUCUCCCGGUGCCGAAGGUAUGGUGGUGCAGCUGGUGAGUGGGUUUUGUAUGGUUUUCUCACUUUCGGAUACUUUCUUCAGACUGCUGAUUUGGCAGGAGCUAACGAGCCCUGGAUAGCAAAAGCUUUCCUUGGAACUGCUGAGAGCUGA